AUGUAUGACCCCCAUCUCGACACUCUGCCUCCCCCAUCUCAGUUCCGUCGUCCUUGGUCCCCAGAAACUUAUGACCCCUUGCCGUCGACCUCGACGACGAUGGAUAGCAGGGAGGCGUUUAAUCGUCUCCAGCGCGAUACCUUUAACCAGCUGCAGCGCGAAACAUAUCAGUACGAGAAUGCGCGGGAUGAAUAUCCCCCUCUCUCGCAAAGAGACUCUAGGGGAUAUUAUCCACAGGAAGAAUAUCUUCAAGAAGAAUAUCCUCAGGAGGAAUACCCUCAUUCCUUUCCUCAAGUAGGGCACCCUCCUGUUCAACCAGAUUACUACCCCCGCCUCCCGCACCGUGCACAACGUAGAGAAGCAUCGGAAACACUACGCACGUACCCUUCGCGUACGACAAACGGAGGAUCCGUACCCACCGUUCAACCGCCCCUCGUAUGCUUCCCCAUCCUCCUUCCCAUCACUCCCAAGAACGCAUCAAACCCCACCGUGGACAAGCCCAAGUCGACCACCGAGCCUCGUUUCACGGCCGACGCUCACGUCGACGGCUACGCAUUCAACGGACGAAGACCGACGUCACUACCACCGACUCCGCACGCUAGCGCGGUCAAUAUCGCAGACCAAGAACACCCAGAAAUCGACAUCUCCCAGUUCCCUGCUUGGUCUCGAAGCUGGUACCAUCCCCCACCCAACAACAACAACAUCACCCCACACCACCACUUCGACGAUCCAGACAUCUACACACCCAUCCCUCCAUCCCACCUUCACAAUUCCAUGCGUAACAAACCGAUCUUCGACCCAACUUACGUCCCCGACCACCUCCCCUGGGAGCUCCCUCCCCACUCCAGCUCCUCGCACCACAACCCAACCUCCUCCCGCGAAUUCGUACCAUGGGGCUCCGACCCACCCGAAUACAACGCCACGCCACUCAACCCCCACCUCAAAGAAGAGCGCCUCCGCAUGCUCGAGCGCGAAUUCGGUACACACAAACCACGAUCAAGCGAUUUCUUGGACGAGCACGGCAAACCACUCAUCGGGACCGUCGACGCGAAAGGCAACCUCGUAACCCAAGGCCCGAAAAAACGGUUUGCGCUGAGGAUGUUACAGAUCGUUUUGGCGGGGACGGCGGCGGUUCCGAGUAUAUACGCUGCCAUCGUCAUUAAACAACCUCAUCCGGGCGAUCCACCUCCACCCGCUAACAAACCCGCUGCCUUCGUUUUAUACAUCCUCUCCGUCCUCACGCUCCUUCUCCUUCUUUAUCUCUUCAUCUUUCGACCAUGUUGCUGUUCCCCACGGAAAAAAGGGAAAGACAUGGGGAACCCAUUAUUAGGGAACGGAAUGAUGGUCCUCCCCGUUCCUGGGGGGAACAAGAAAGGCGGAGGCGGCGGUAAACGGGGGAAGAAGGGUGGGAAGGGCAAAGGAGGAGGAGGAGGGGGAGACGUACAAGUCAACCUCAUCGUCGACCCACACGCCUUCAAUUUCGACCCCGACCACGACGAGGAAGGUGAAAGCGACGACGACGACGACGGCGGUAUGCCAGGCGGUUUUUCCGUUCACAAGCCACGCAGUAAAGGCAGGGGAAGGCAUCAACGCAGGCGCGGGAUCCUUGCUGGGCUAGCGAUGGAAGAAUCAUGGCGCCAUGCACGCGGGUGGGCGAAGAAGCUUGCGAUAGUUGACGUGGCGGGUGUAGUGUUGUGGGGAGGCGCGUUUGUGUUGAUUUUGUUGGGUAAGAGGUGUCCUAGUGGUGCGUUUUUGGGGUGGUGCAACGCAUACAACGUCUCCUCAGCCGCUGCGUGUCUUUUAUGCAUCGCUUUCGGGAGAAUACCAAAUCCUGCACAUGUUUUAUGUGGCAUCAUCAGGACAAAGAGUCCUUUCUCAGAAAUUUCCACUCUUUCCCGCCCUUUCAUCACUUUCCUCUCAAUUUUACUCAAUGGUCUCAAGGGGGUGGUGGAACGUGGAUUUUACAUAUACAGUCCCAAAAGAAAUUAG